AUGAAUGGUAGAAUUAGUACUACUACUUCACAUAUAGUAUUUCUUAGCUUAUUUCCAUUAGUGCUGCUAUGUUCUACUAGCAGGAGUAGUAGUAGUGCUGAUCAAACUGAAAGGAAUUACAUUUCUUUGGGAUCAUCACUCAUUGCACAACUUAAUCAAAAUGAACAGUCUUCAUGGCAAUCUCCAUCUGGGGAUUUUGCAUUUGGCUUCCAGCAAAUCCAAAAAGAUGGCUUCCUUCUUGCUAUCUGGUUCAACAAAAUACCCCAGAAAACCAUUGUUUGGUCAGCCAAUGGCAAUGAUCUUGUACACCAAGGUUCUGUUGUUGAAUUGACUAAACAUGGCUCAUUAGUUCUUAGAGACUCAACAACAUCAAGAGAAGUAUGGUCUGCCGAAGUCUCCGGCCCUGGAGUUGCCCACGCAGCCAUGCUCAACACUGGGAAUCUUGUGCUCAGUGACCGUAAUCAUAUCAGUCUGUGGGAGAGUUUUGAUGAACCAACAGACACACUGUUGCCUACACAAAAUUUUGCUGGAAGUAAAGAGCUUGUUGCUCGUUACUUCGAGUCAAAUUACUCUAGAGGGAGGUACCAUUUUAGACUCGAUGAAAAUGGUGCUAUACAAUUCUACGCCAGAGGCUUCCCAGAUGCUGGUUCUCGUGUUAUUUAUGAGGCAAAUAUCCCGACGCAAGGUGGUGGCAUAAAGGUGACGUUUAACCAAUCUGGCUCUAUAUAUCUACAAGCAAAAAAUGGAACCGCAAUUGCAUGGUUGACAUUGCCUAACUCUAGCUUUUCGAAAGGUUUCUACCAGAGGGCGAUUCUUGAUUAUGAUGGUGUCUUUAGGCAUUAUGCCUACCCAAAGGACGAUGCUAAUCCAAAUUCUGUAGGAUGGCCCAUCGGAGAAUGGUCUCAAACAUCACCAGCUAUACCUAACAACAUAUGCUUAAGUUUUAAUAGCUCUAAAGGACCUGGAGCUUGCGGAUACAAUAGUUAUUGCAGUAUAGAAAAAGGUGGAAGACCCAUUUGCCAUUGCCCUAUAGGUUAUAGCUUCGUUGAUCCAAAAGAUGAGAUGAAAGGAUGCAAACCUAACUUCGAAGCUCAAAGUUGUGAAGAAGAUUCAGAAGAUGUCAAUAACUUCACUAUUUCCAGCAUGGAUAAUGUAAACUGGGAGAAUGGUUGUUAUGAAAUACACACAUCAGUGUCUGAAGCAUGGUGCAGAACUAACCUCUUAGAAGAUUGUUUUUGUUCUCUUGCAGUUUAUGGAGAUGGCAAUUGUAUGAAAGUCAAAAUUCCUUUUUCAAAUGGUUUAAUGGACUAUGGUAUUCAUGGGAAAACCUUAAUCAAAGUAAGAAAUGAUAACUCCACUGAUUCCAUGCCAAGCAGCAACAUAUAUUCAAAAAGAAAAGACCAAACAACAUUGAUGGUCAUUGGAUUAGUAAUUGUAAGUAGCUCUGCUUUUCUUAAUAUGCUACUGCUAAUAAUCUCAUUGGUCUUCUUUUUCCGCCUUCGUCGCAAAACAUCAGUCACCAAACCAAAUCAAAACAUCCAAGAAAUGAAUUUGCAGAAUUUCACUUUUGCAAAACUAGAAAAGGCUACUGAUGGAUUCAAUGAACAGCUGGGGGUUGGUGCCUUCGGAGUUGUUUUCAAAGGGAUUCUGGAUUUAGGCAACAAUGAUAGUUUGGCGAUUGCUGUGAAAAGGUUGGACAACAACAACAUGGUGAAAGAAGGUGAGCAAGAAUUCAAAGCAGAAGUAAUGUCUAUUGGUCGUACAAACCAUAAGAAUUUGGUGCAGCUUAUUGGGUUCUGCAACGAGGGACAACAUCGGCUUCUUGUUUAUGAGUACAUGAGCAAUGGAUCCUUAGCAACCUUUCUUUUUGGACCAUCAGAUAAGCCGAAGUGGCACCAAAGAAUGCAAAUUGCUUUGGGGAUUGCAAGGGGGCUAUUUUACUUGCAUGAAGAGUGCAGCACCCAAAUCAUACACUGUGAUAUCAAGCCUCAGAACAUCCUCCUAGACGACUCAUGCAAAGCAAGAAUUUCUGAUUUUGGAUUGGCCAAGAUUUUGAAGACUGACCAGACUCGAACCACGACUGGAAUAAGAGGAACCAAAGGGUAUGUAGCCCCUGAAUGGUUUAGAAACAUUGCUGUAACAGUAAAAGUGGAUGUAUACAGCUAUGGCAUUCUGUUGUUGGAGUUGAUAUGUUGCAGGAAGAAUGUUGAAGAAAAUGUAGAGGAAGAUGCCCAAAUGGUAUUGGCUGAUUGGGCAUGUGAUUGUUAUGAAGCUGGGAAAAUGGAGUGUCUAGUUGAGAAUGAUGAUGAGGCCAUUCAUGAGAUGAAGAUGGUUGAGAAGUGUGUGAUGGUUGCUCUAUGGUGCAUCCAAGAGGACCCUUCACUGCGACCAACUAUGAAAAAAGUUAUGUUGAUGCUUGAAGGAAGUGUUAAGGUUUCCACUCCUCCAUCUCCAAAUUCAUUCAUUAGUUCAUUAUAGUUGUAUAUUUAUAUGCAUAUAGAAGGUCAAUCUGGGAGGAGAUUUACAUUGAGUGAGUGUGUAUUAUAAGGGGACUAAUUGGUUUUGUAUUGAAAAUUUGAGAUUGAUCUUGGACUGUAUUUGAGCGUAAUAGUGAAGUGCUCAUGAUGAUUCACAAAUCACAAAUUUCUACUUGAAGUUUGCUGUGAUUGUAUUGGUUUUUAUUGUCAUAUUAGUUGUCUUGAAGUGGUAUUUACAAUAUUCUCUUCUCUGU